CUCUACUCCUUUUCAGCUGGCCAUUUCUCUAAAAGAACUUGAUGAUUAUGUUCUCUACACUUUCAGUUGCACCUAAGCCUUAUGGCCUUAACCCAAACAAUAGGAACUUGCUGCAUCCACCAUUCAUAUCAGCUACAACAGAAAGAACUCGAGCACUGAUCAUGUCAGCUCCUAAUAGACAAUCAAGGAUCUCCAUUCUUCCUCGUAUUGAUCUUCACAUGCACGAAGUUAUUGCAAAGCAGUCUCAGGCAGUCUCCCUGUUGCCCCACCAAAAUGCUCAUAGAAAGCCAGAUUUUCCUCCAUUGUUUCUUGAAGAAGCUUACAAGAGGUGUAAAAAGAUUUGUGCUCAAAAUGCCAAGACUUUCUAUCUAGGUACUUUGCUAAUGACUGAGGAACAGCAGAAAGCCAUAUGGGCAAUUUAUGUUUGGAGUAGGAGGACAGAUGAACUUGUGGAUGGACCCAAUGCAGAACACAUGAGCUCAGCUGUUCUUGAUUUGUGGGAGCAGAGACUUGAAAGCAUCUUUGAUGGAAACCCCCAUGACAUUCUCGAUGCUGCACUUACUGAUACUGUCUUUAAGUUUGCUCUACAUAUUGAGCCUUUCAAGGACAUGAUUGAGGGCAUGAGAAUGGAUACAAGGAAAUUUCGGUAUGAGAAUUUUGAAGAGCUAUAUCUUUAUUGCUACUAUGUUGCUGGUACUGUUAGCCUAAUGACUGUUCCAGUAUUGGGAAUAGCACCUGAUUCAUGUGUUUCUGCUCAAACUAUCUAUUAUGGAGCUCUUUACAUGGCUAUAGCAAAUCAGCUCACAAACAUCCUUAGAGAUGUAGGAGAGGAUGGCUUGAGAGGAAGAAUUUAUCUUCCCCAAGAUGAGUUAGCACAGUUUGGGCUAUGCCAUGAGGAUAUUUUCACAAGAAAGGUGACAGAUAAAUGGAAAGAGUUCAUGAAGGAGCAGAUUACAAGGGCAAGAUACUACUUUAAGCUUGCUGAAGAUGGAAUCUCACAUCUUCACAAGGCUAGUCGUUGGCCGGUAUGGUCAUGCUUAAUGUUGUAUAGCAAAAUCUUGGAUGCAAUUGAAGAUAAUGAUUACGAUAACUUGACAAAGACAGCUUAUGUUGGAAAGACUGAGAAGCUUCUCACUUUGCCUUUAGCAUAUGCUAAAGCUGUUAAUGUUAAUGGGAUUUGCCUUGUAUAAUGAAGCUGCCAUGUUUAUGUUGGUUUA